UUUCAGAAAAAUGUCAGAUUCAGGAAAAAAACUGUUUAGUCAGGAGAUGAGAGAAGUAACACGCAGUAUACACAAUAAAUCUGAUACAAUGGUCAACGCUAAACUCGGAGUCACCAUGAGCGAUGAUUCCGUCUGGGCUGAAGGUCUUCUUGUGUUCUAUGAGAUCUUUAAAUACCUAGAAGAUGCUCUGGAUCGUUAUAAAGAUUCAUUAAUCGGCGAUCUCCUCAUACCAGGGAUGUCUCGCACUCACGCCUUCGAAAACGAUUUAGAUCAUUAUCUUGGAAACUGGAGAGAUGAAUAUAUUAUUCGUCCUGAGGUUCAAGCAUAUCUCGAACAUCUCAGAAAACUGGAAGCUGACAACCCAUACUUGUUAAUUGCAUACAUUUAUCAUUUAUAUAUGGGACUUUUCUCCGGGGGACAAGUGCUGAGAGCCAAGAGGUUUCUGUCCUUAAGUUCCGUGGAUAAAGAUGGAGGAAAUUCAGUUACAUCAUAUGAGGAUACAUCUAUAGGAUCACUUAAAAAACAACUCAAGGCCGCAAUCAAUACACUUGUUGACAACCUAGAUACAGAUACUAGACAGGGAAUUUUAGAAGAAGGAAUAAAUGUAUUUAAACUCAACAACACUAUAAUUGCCAGCGUGAAGGGAGUUGACAUAGUUCUGCGACGUCGUUUACUCAAACUACUGAUUGCUGUUAUACUGCUGGUUCUCUUCCUGCUCACAUUCGUGUACAGUACUGGAACUAGUGAACAUGUAGAGAUGGAGAGCUAUAGUCUGGAGAAGGAUAAACUAGAACUAUAACAAAGAAAUGUAGACUCCAAAAUAGUAUAACAAGUAUAAAAAGUUUGGAGAAUGUGUCCUAAUUAAACCUUAUCCAGCUUAAUGCACCCCCUUUUCUUCAAAAAUAAAAGUAUUUCAGAAUUUU